GUUUUGAUUUGAUGAUUGAAGUAUACAUGUUUCGAGCAUUUCUUGUCUGGUGAGUUACACACUCAACUUGAACGCAAUGAACCAAUCCCCCAACCCAUGGCAUGUAUCCUUUUCCUACGCCAGGGCUCCCCAGAACACUUGCUUGAAGUCCUGGGGAGGCAGAACCGAGAAUGUUAAAGCAGUUUCAGGAGGCACGCUGCUUAUCCGUGCCAAGGCCAACUCCUUCGCUCAGGUUGGGAAAUACAAUGGAGAGGGAAAGUUAGAGGAGGCCAAGAAAGGAGUGUUUGUCAAGGGCUACGUCUACUAAGCUGUUGAAUGGAAGCUAUAUAGAUUAUGAGAUGAUGCAGAAAAUGGAGAGACUGAAGGCUAAUUAACUGUCUCAAUGUGUUUAUGGUCACAUGUACUUUUAGCCACUUAAUAAUCUUCUUCCCAGAUGAGAUUGGUUAGUGUGUACCUACAUAUGUAUAUGGAAAUGCUUGAACUUUCCGAACUCUGAACAAGCAAUCUUUCAUUGUGCAGGAAUGUUGAAUAGUUCCAUUAUGCCAUGCAGUCGUUUGUUUUGGAUUGUGCAUAUGCAUUUUAAUGCUUAUGAAGAUAAGGGUUUAGAAAUUUGAACCAUGCUCCACAUGUUGGUCCAUUUAAACCCCAGAAAAUGACUUUUCAAAUACAAUCUUCUAAUCCUA